GAGGACAGCAUUAUUGAGACGCCAGUCCUUCUAUAAAACUCGGCACCCAAAGGCGACUCGUGCAGCAGAGAGGCUUCCUUUAGCCAGAGUGUCAAGAAAACAGUGGGAGAAGGAGCAUUUCGAACAAAGGUUCUAUCAAAGUAAACCCAAACUAUGUCAAACAAAACCAGGGACUGCUGAUGACUCAAGAAUGUUCACUCUGGAACAUGCAGCCUUACUAACUUUGUCUUGAACUCCACCACAUUAAUUCAAGCUAGGGCUGGCCUCUAAGAAAUGACGCUGAGCUGAAGUAAGAUGGCCUCGGAGAGAACGCCGACCCCUCAGAGCAGCUCCAGACAGAGCAGCUCGCUCUCGUCGUCGCCGAUGAGCACCCGCAUGCAGACUCUGCAGGUGGACUCAGUCCAACGGUGGAUGGAGGAUCUGCGCCACAUGACGGAGGUGGAGUGCAUGUGUGUCCUUCAGGCCAAACCCAUUGGAGUGGACGAAGAUUCCCACCAGGGAGAGCUCAUAGUGACCUCUGGGAUCACCGGCGGGGACCAUGUAGCCAGAAACAACCUGCAGACGCUCCUUCGCCGUGCACUAGUGGUCAGCACAGAGCUGGGGAAGAUGUUCCAGCGGCUGGAGAAAGGCCGCUGGCAGAGGGUCCACAGCACGGCCGUGCGUGCAAACUGCCAUGUGCGUUCGCUGGUGCAUGAGUACAGUGCAGCCCGGAGCACGCCUCCUGAGAUGCAGAAGUAUGAGAAAUCACUGCUGGAAAAGUGCAUGGAGCUGACUAACAUCACAGAGAGGUGCCUUCACACAGAUGAUGAGUUCUUCCUUAAAUCCAUGAGGGAAGCUAUCCAUGAGAUCCUCACAGAUGUCAGCGAUUCCUUCAGCAACAUGAUUGACAUGGCGUUAGCCAAUGAGAUCCGGGUGCUGAUCAAACAGAUUGAGUCGUCAGACUGCGUUCAGACUAUUGGCAGUGCCAUUAGCAACCUGCUGUCACUCACCCAGGACGGACCCCAGCUCUGCAGCAUCAUUGCCAAGGAAGGCGCGGUGGUGGCCCUGUUUAAGAUCUGCAGACAAGACCGCUUCAGAGACCUGUAUGCUCAUGCUCUGAGAACGGUGGCCUCCAUCUGCUGUGUGGAAGAGGGAAUCAGCCAACUGGACAAGGUGGACGGGAUCCUGUGCCUGGCAGACAUCCUGACCGACGACAGCAGCGUGGAGGCAGCCAGAGCCGAGGCUGCGGCGGUCGUGGCCCAGAUCACUUCCCCCCACCACAGCUCCACUCAGCACCUUGCCAGCUUCCUGGAGAGCAUGCAGGACAUCGUCACAGCUCUGAUCAAGCUGUGUGAGAGCGCCUCCUGUGGCGAAGUGUUCCUCCUGGCUUCUGCAGCCUUGGCCAACAUCACGUUCUUUGACAGCAUGGCCUGUGAGAUCCUCCUGCAGCUCAACGCCAUCCACAUCCUGCUGCAGGCCUGCAAGGACCGCCAAAGAGUCGACACGCCCUACUCCAAAGACCAGGUGGUGACAAUUUUGGCCAAUCUUUCUGUUUUGGAGCCCUGUGCUUCUGAGGUCUUGCAAGAACAAGGAAUAGAGAGACUGCUCCAGCUGCUGGGGGAGAAACCAUCCUCGUCUAACCCAUCAGAGGUCGCCGCCUGUGAGCGAGUCCAGCAGAAAGCUGCAGUCACAUUGGCCCGCCUGAGCAGAGACCCUGAUGUGGCACAGGCUGCCAUCCAGAUAAAAGCGGUCCCUCGUCUCAUUGAGCUGUGCCGCUCCCCCACUGAGAGAAAUAACAGUGACUCUGUUCUGGUCGCCUGCCUGGCUGCUUUGAGGAGGCUGGCAGCAGGCUGCCCGGACAGCAUCGAGGCGGCCGACCACCAGCAGCUGAUUAAACCACGGCUUGUCGACUCUUUCCUGCUGUGCUCCAACAUGGAGGAGAGCUUUGUAUGAUGACCUGCACAUUCAAACACUGAGAGAGGAACUCACAGCCACAUCAGAGCCAUACUGAGACACAUUGCAUCAGUCUUUCAAAGGAAGUUGUAUUUGUGGCUUUUUGUCCUAAGACCAGAAGAUUUGAUCCUGGAUUUGACUUCAUGAAGUUAAACUGCACAGCGUCCCAAUGAAUUGGUUCGGGGGACGUAAAUAUAUGCAUGCAUGAAGAUGAAUGUAUGGCUAAAUAUAACCACAGACAUUGUAAAUGGAAGCCGUUUACAGAGAUCAAGGUUGAAAAGAUACAUUAGUACAUCAAUUUUACUAUGCAGGAAAUUUGAUAUGCCUGUAACUGCUUAGGGGCAAAUUCUGGAUUUAUUCUUUCAUUGUGCUGUUUUAUUUUACUUCUAUUAAGAGUGUUUCAACGCAAAGAAAGGAUUUUGUCUCAUUAUUGUCAGUGUUUUUGUAUGAUGAGUGUACCUUACCUGACAGGUCAUGUCAUUUUUGUGUUUGUUUAAGACAGAGUCAGUAAUAUAAGGUGAUUAUCUAGGUAAAGAAAAUGCAUUGGCACAUCAACCUAUUUGCCAUUAAUCUCAAAUAAUAUGGUUGCAGCUGCAAAAAUAGUCUAAAGUAAAAAAGCUUUUUAUUUAUAAAGAUUUACCAUUAUAGAAUGGAAUCCAUUUAAUAAAUGCAUUCAUUGUCAAGAGUUUAAUGUGUUUCUCUGUACUGUCCACUAUGUGUAAAAUUUGGGUUGUGUUUUGUCUUUGCAAAAUAUACAACAGCAGCUCUGGCAGUAUCUGCAACUGUGCCGUA